UCAUCUCCUACAGGACACAAAGACCAGAAUCAUGAAGUUUGAAUUCAUCAAGGUGAUAUUUUAUGUGCAAUUAACCUGUACACAAGUUAUUUCAUGCCACAUAAAUUACAGUUUGACAUGUUUACUUACAUCUAGGAAAUUGUCGAGAAGAGAUGGAUCUUUGUUGAUGAUGAGCUCCUGGACCUGCAAAUUUAAAAAGACACUUCGCUUUGCUGCUGUAGCUCCUGAAAUGGAUACUUAGCCCAGUGCAGUAAUUGAACUCUCAGGGUUUUGCGGACUGUGAACUCCUUGGUUUGGCUCCUGGAAGGACCACUGAUAUAAUUUUGAUGGUCAACAGUUGUGCACUACAAUAGUCUCGAUGGAAUGGGUUUUCAUCAUGAAUCGGAUGAGCUCUCAGGGAAGCUCUGCAUCCCAGCGGAGGCGAAUGGUUCUGGGGGUGUUGAUACUCCUGCUGGUGGAUGUCAUCUGGGUAGUCUCCUCUGAGCUAACCUCGUACAUUUUCAAGCAGCAGGACUACAACAAACCCUUCUUCAGCACAUUCACCAAGACCUCCAUGUUUGUGCUGUAUCUGCUGGGGUUCCUGCUGUGGCGUCCCUGGAGGCAACAGUGCAGUGGCUCUCUGAAACGCAGGCGCUCUGCUUUUUUUGCUGACGCUGAGGCCUACUUUGCACACUGCACCACUGACACCACUGUGAACAACCGUUUGAGUGAACCACUGUACCUACCAAUGAAGUUCCAGGAUGUACCUGCAGAACACUCAAAUUGUCUAAUUGGAGACUGUGAAUCUUCAGCCUCCAGAAAGCAGCGGGUGCGGUUCAGUAAUAUCAUGGAGGUGCGUCAGCUGCCCUCGACUCAAGCUCUGGAAGCUAAACUGUCCCGCAUGUCCUACCCUGCUGCCAAGGACCAUGAAGCUAUGUUGCGCACAGUGGGCAAGCUAACCAUCACUGAUGUGGCCAAAAUCAGCUUCUUCUUUUGCUUCGUGUGGUUCUUGGCCAACCUGUCCUACCAGGAGGCGCUGUCUGACAUGCAGGUGGCAAUAGUCAACAUUUUGUCGUCCACUUCAGGCCUCUUUACACUCAUCCUAGCAGCCAUAUUUCCCAGCAACAGCACUGACCGUUUCACCUUGUCCAAACUGGUCACCGUGGCUCUGAGCAUCGGAGGCGUUGCCCUUGUCAGUUUCUCCAGCAUGGACAACCCCGAUGAGAAUGGUGUCAUAGGCUCUCUGUGGUCACUGGCUGGGGCGAUUCUCUACGCCGUCUACAUCGUGAUGAUUAAGAGACGAGUGGAUCGGGAGGAUAAGCUUGACAUUCCCAUGUUCUUUGGGUUUGUGGGUCUGUUCAACCUGCUGCUGUUGUGGCCGGGCUUCCUCCUGCUUCACUAUACAGGCUUUGAGGCCUUUGAGCUCCCCAGCCAGCUUGUGUGGACGUACAUCCUCAUUAACGGCCUCAUCGGCACUGUCCUCUCAGAGUUCCUCUGGCUGUGGGGCUGUUUCCUCACAUCGUCUCUAAUCGGGACGCUAUCAUUGAGCCUCACUAUCCCGCUCUCCAUAAUGGCAGACAUUUGUAUGCAGAAGGUGCGUUUUUCAUGGCUGUUCUUUGCUGGGGCAGUUCCUGUCUUCCUCGCCUUCAUCAUCGCUACACUCCUAUGCCACUACAACAACUGGGACCCUGUUCUCUUGGGGCUCAGGAGAGUCUACGCCUUCAUUUGCAGAAAACAUCGCAUUCAGAGACUGCCAGAAGACAGUGAGCAGUGUGAAAGCCUAAUUCCUCUACACGUCGUCUCCCCCAGCGAAGGAAGCCUGUGUUCGUGAUCCAACACAAAGACAAUGUGGUGAAUGUGGAUCUCGCUGAGCUGACAAUCCGGAAGCUUUCAGAGACAAUGAAGUACCCUAGUGCCUCCUGUAAAAAACACUAUUUAUUUUCUACAGUGUUGAGACGGCCCGGCCAAAUUUACACGCUCAUUGCUCUGCCCCUCCCCCGUCCCCCUUCUUGUUUUUUUUUGACAUUUUCUAUGUUUAAAGAAACUUUUGGUACUUGAGGUGCUGGACAUUUUACAAUGGUGUCAUGUGACCAAAUGAAUUAACUGUUGAACUUGAUCGUAACACUAGAGAAGGUGGAGCAGUUUAUGUGUGUUUGUCUGUGAGACUCUUAUCUGUGGUAAAGUACUUCUCUCACUGUUGCAGGGAGGGAAAAUGUUAUAGAAGUGGACUUGAAGUUUGUCCGUUUUUAAAGUUGCUGCUUGUUUGAAAGUGUCUUCAUGAUGCAGACAUGUUCAUCGGGUCAUUUCACAUUUCACAUGACCAUUUAUUUGCACACUCCCAGACUAAACCCAGGCUUUUCUGACGGUUUUGGUGUCACUUAAGGCUCCAUAUUAGAAAAGUGUAUCUUUGCGUUAAACAUCGAUCAGCCACUGCAAUAAAACCAGUGUGACUGGUGUUAAUGUUGUGGCACAGUAGUGUAUAUCUGUGCCUUGUUUUAAAAUAGUUUUUGUUUUUAUCCCUUUUUGAACUUUCAGUUAUUCUUCAUGGCUCCAUGGCUUGACAAAGUCCAAAACUAGGGAUG